UGCAGCCGCUUCCCCAAUCAGCCCAGCUUUUAGAGCUGCAGCCCUCUUCAGGGCUGCUUUUAACUCCUACAGCCCUCUUUCAGGGCUGGUGUCAAGCCCUCCAGGGCAGGAUCAGGUGUCCACCCUGCUACAGGUGGCGAUUCCACAAUGUCCCUUGGUAACCUUUUCCAGUACUGAGCUAGCCUUUGUCACAACUGAGUCAUAUGGCUGGCUCAGAUUCAAUUUAUGAUCCACCAUAACCUCCAGAUCCUUUUGAGUAGUACUGCCCCCUAGCCAGUUAGUCCCCAGUUCGUAGUUGAAUAUUUGGUUUUCCUUCCUUAAGUGUAGUACUUUGCACUUGUCUUUAUUUAAUUUCAUCUUGUUCAUUCAGAUGAACUCUUAUUUAUAAAGGUCAUUUUGAAUUCUAAUCCUGUUCUCCAACGUGUUUACAACUCUUCCCAGCUUGGUGUCAUCUGCAAAUUUAAUAAGCACACUCUCCACUCCAUUAUCCAAGUCAUUAAUGAAAAUAUUGAGUAGUAGCAGAUGGAGGAUUGGUUCCUGUGGGACCGCAUUAGAUACAUCCUCCCUGUUUGUCAGUGAACCAUUAAAAUUACUCUUUGAGUACAGACUUUCAAGUACAUCACAUUUUCCUAGUUUGCUGAUGAGAAUGUCAUGGGGUCUUGUGUCAAAAGCCUUACUAAAAUCAAGAUAUGUCAUGUCUACAGUGCCCCCCCCCAAAUCCAUAAGGCCAGUACCUCUGUUAAAGCCAGAAAUUAGAUUGGUUUGGCAUGAUUUGUAUUCGAUAAUCUAUGCUGGCUAUAACUCAUCACUUUACUAUCCUCUAGGUGCUUAUACAUUGGCUGUUUAAUACAUUUUUCUUUCUGGGUAUCUAAAUUAGGCUUGACUGGUCUUUAUUUCCCAGGUCUGUGUUGCUCCCCUUUUUGAAGACAGGUUUUAUGUUGGCCCUUCUCCAGCCUUGUGGCACCUCACCAUCCUCCCAGAGUUGUCAAAGAUCGUUGUUAACUGUUCCAAGAUUGCUUCAUCUAAUUCCUCAGGCUGCAGCGUAACAUCCAUGUUUUGCUCCAGCUCAUUCCGUCCUUCCAGGGACCAGGGAAAGGAAAUGGCUGCAGUGGAGCCAUUUGAGGAGCCAAUGGCCUUCGAGGAGGUGGCUGUGUAUUUCAGCGAAGAAGAGUGGGCUCUGCUGGACCUCACUCAGAGAGCUCUCUACAGAGACGUCAUGCAGGAGAACUAUGAGAACGUGACCUCUCUGGGGUUUCCAGUUUCCAAACCUGAUGUCACCUCCCAGCUGAAACAAGGGGAAGAACCAUGGGCCCCAGAUCUCCAGGGCUCAGAGGAAAGCGAGAUCCUGAGAGGCAUCUGCACAGCAGGUGCUAGACUGGGGAGUGAGACCAUGGAGCAGAAUCCUCAGCAGGAAGAUGAUGAGGAAGUGGAACCACAUGGCACAUUAUUGCAAAGAUGCAAAGGGAGUGUGUCCGGGAGUUGUGAUCAGGGAAAAGCCGGUGAGAGUCAGCACAUUCCAGAGAGGUGGCAGGGGAACCAGCCAACACAGAAAGUUGGUCAUUCUGUUUAUUAUCGGGGAACUCGUAAACGUCUCAAGGAAACCACGGCCCAGCAGAGAAUCCCCAUGGGAGAGAGAAAUAACACAUGUGUUGAGUGUGGGAAAAACUUCAGUAGGCGCUCACACCUUAUUAGACAUCAGAGAAUCCACACAGGGGAGCGCCCCUAUGAAUGCUGUGAGUGUGGAAAAACCUUUGCUCGGAUCUCAACCCUUAAUAAUCAUCAGAGGAUCCACACAGGGGAGAAACCCUAUGGAUGCUGUAAGUGUGGGAAAACCUUCACUGAGCGCUCAAACCUUAUUCAACAUCAGAGAAUCCACACGGGGGAGAAACCCUAUGAAUGUUGUGAGUGUGGGAAAACCUUCACUCUCAGCUCUCAUCUCAUUAGACAUCAGAGAAUCCACAAAGGGGAGAGACCCCAUGAAUGCUGUACGUGCAGGAAAACCUUCACUGAGCGCUCAAACCUUAUUCAGCAUCAGAGAAUCCACGCAGGGGAGAAACCCUAUGAAUGUUGUGAGUGUGGGAAAACCUUCACUCGGUGCUCAACCCUUAUUAAACAUCAGAGAAUCCACAAAGGGGAGCGGCCCUAUGAAUGCUGCCAGUGUGGGAAAACUUUCACUCGGCGCUCACACCUUAUGCAGCAUCAGAGUAUCCACAAAGGGGAGAGACCCCAUGAAUGCUGUACGUGCAGGAAAACCUUCACUGAGCGCUCAAACCUUAUUCAGCAUCAGAGGAUCCACACAGGGGAGAAACCCUAUGAAUGUUGUGAGUGUGGGAAAACCUUCACUCGGUGCUCAAGCCUUAUUAAACAUCAGAGAAUCCACAAAGGGGAGCGGCCCUAUGAAUGCUGCCAGUGUGGGAAAACUUUCACUCGGCGCUCACACCUUAUUAGACAUCAGAGGAUCCACAAAGGGGAGCGGCCCUAUGAAUGCUGCCAGUGUGGGAAAACUUUCACUCGGCGCUCACACCUUAUUAGACAUCAGAGGAUCCACACAGGAGAGAGACCCUACGAAUGCUCCAAGUGUGGGGAAUUCUUCCCUCAGAGCUCAGCCCUUAUUUGUCAUCAGAGAAUCUGCAAGGUAGUUAAAGACCAUAAAAACAUUGUCUAGGGCUAAGAAAAGAUUCUGUUUUCCAUUUGCUAAUUCCCACAUACUGAACUUUAAAGAAGCAUUUGUCUCACCAUGGUCUCUCAACUCCCCCACCUGAGUUGUCUGCUUUUCCCUUUUGCAGCUUACCUUUCCUUGGGUUGAAUCCCACACUCUUUUUCAUCAACUCCUUUGUGCUAUAUCAUGGAGGUGUGUGUCCCUCCAAUAGGAAUGUCCAUCAGCCCUAGGUGGGGGAACUAGAAGUGACUUCAACUAGGUACAUGGAGGUUAAAUUUACCUGGACCUUGACUCCACUAGGAUUUUCCAUGGUGUUAGCUAGCUUGAGUUCACUAUCCUGAUAUAAAAACUAGGACUGUUUAGCAAUGAAAUAAAAUUAAUCGUACUUAAUCGUGAAAUUAAAAAAAAAAAAAUGACUAAUCACAUUUUUAAUCACACUGUUAAACAAUAAUAGAAUACCAUUUAUUUAAAUAUUUUGGCUGUUCAGCCACCAUUCCAGACAAGUCCUGCAACCCCAAGUCAGCUGGCCUGGACCAGCCACACAUUUUAAUUGCAAUGUAUACAUACCCUUAGUGUCAAAAUUGCAGCUUUCCCAUCAAGGAAUCAUGCCCCAGUCUCCCCUGUGACAAGUGGGCAUAUCAUGAUACUCAUUUGGUAGAAACUUGCUGCUUCCUCUGCACAGGGACCUAGGAAAACAGCCCGGGCAGCGACUUGGCCAGAUGUGGUUACCAGGAGAUCCAACUAGGUGGGAGUUGUUCUGGGGCUCUGCAGGGGGAGGUUUAGACGGGGCAGAUUAAGAGAGUUUGUCUCUGAUGUACAGGGGCGUUUGUCAGCGGGAGGUGUGACAGCUAGGGGUGACAGUGGGGUCUGAGCUGGGGCAGCAGCAGCAAGGGGGCAAUGUGGGGGACUUGUCACUUGGGAAAAAUGAAACUGCAAAACCUCUCCCUGUGCUGCAGCAAAAGCUUCUCAUUUAUUCCCUAAACCCCCUUUAUGUAAAUCUCCACCCCUGCCCUGGCACUCGGAAACCCGUUCACUCCUGUGCACAUUUUUAAUUUUUCUUACUUUUCCUUGGCUUCGUACAAACAUUUUCCCCAUCAAAAUGAUCAAGGUCAUUUAAAAUGAGAAAAACAAAACCAAAGAAACCCCCACCAAUCUCCCCAGUACACACUGCUUGGGUCUGAAUUUUUUUACUGAAAUUUUAAGGCAAUAAAACGCAGACCUCUGUUGGCCAGAAAACAAACAUCAUUCUCCCAUGCUGCACCUAAGGCCUUGUCUAGAGAGGUGUACACACUGCAAAGCUACUUUUGACGAUGGAACACCUCAGUUUCAGCGACAUAAUAAAACCACUUCUAUGAGAGUUGUAAGGGUUUUUAUGCAAAUGUUUUGUCACCGAAGUGCUAGUGUAGACCCUGUGCUUGAUUUUAGUGUUGUGAUUGGGCUCUGGAAGGCAUCUCACAAUGCCUAUCCUGACCCCUCUGGUCAAGAGUUUCAACUCCGCUGCCCUGCAGCCAGGUAAACACCUUCCGCCCCUCCCCCUUUAAAGGCCCUGGAAUUUUUGAAAUUCCCCUUCCUGUUUGCUCAGCAUAGAGCGCUCACAUCAUAUCCUCCCAGCUGACUAUUGGGGCUCCACGUUGCAAACACUAUCCUGCUUGGAGCACUGCAGAGCUGCUGGAUCUGAUCAGUAUCCAGCAGUAUCAGUUGCUCGGACCCCCUGCACCCAGCUGCCAACCCGCAAAACCACUCCAAAUCCUCCAGCGGCCACCCAGGUGAGGCCUGGCCUAGCAGGCCAGGCAGUGGGUGUCCAGCUUCCCCCAGGCUUCCUCCAGUGGGUACCCAUAGCCUCCAAAUUUGCAGGAGGCGCCCCGAGCCCAGGGGUGGACUCAACCGGAGUCGCUCAGACCCACUGCACCCAGCCGCUGGCCCACAGAGCCACCCCAAAUUCUCCAGCAGCCACCAGGUGAGGCCUGGCCUGGCCGAUCUGCAUAGUGGAUGUGCAGCCUCCUCCAUGUUGGACUCACAGCCCCCAAAACUGCAGGAGGCACCCCGGGGCGGACUCGUCCUGUGUCACUCAGCCCCCCUGCGCCUUGCUGCUGGGAGCAGGCACCACCCCAGAAUCAGCCACGACCACUCACGCCAGGCCAGACCUGCCUCGGUUCUGCCCUCCUGUGGACAUCCGUGAUAGUACCAUAGUACUACCGACCAUCAGGUCAACCCAUCUGCUAGACUGGGGUUGACCUGGUGGCCAAGUGGGGACUAAGAAAAAUUUCCAGACCUUUUCUCUGGGGUCUCAACCCGAUGCCAGGCCCGACCUAGACCAACAAUCAGGGCCUGGCCCCUCACGCUUAGCUGAGCCUGACAGGUGCCCGGGGCUGGGGAGUUGGGCUUUGACUCCCCACUCCUCCCUGGCUUCCUCUGCAGCACCCCCAGACCAAGCCACCAGAGGGAGCCCUUCAACCCCACGAGAAUUGUGGGAUGGUGCUCCUGCUGCUCCUCUCUAACUGACCUGGGUGCUUCCUUCUCAGCUUGGGACACAAGCUUCUGACCGGUGGCAGGAUGCGGUCAAGGGACCCCUUUCCCCCCAGCUGUUCCUCCUCUCUCCCCAGCCUCAGUACUCUGUCCCCAACCUUGGAGGCUGCCUCUCAGCAGUGGUAGCAUCAGGUCCAGGGACCCCCAGCUCCUACUUCUCUCUCCCCAGCUUCGGUGCUCACUUCUCAGCCCUGGAGGUUGCCUCUCAGCAGUAGCAGCAUCGCAUCCAAGGACCCUCUGGAGGCUGAUUAUAAAGCCUGCCCCCUGACAAGCUGACUUUCCGGGGGAAAACUAUUAAGCCUCGCUCCGCAUCACCUGGGGGAUGACUAUUAAGCCUCCCCCCGCACUGCCCAGGGGAUGACUAUUAAGCCUCCCUUGGACCUGCUCCAUCUUGACUAUUAAGCCCCUUCUGUGAUCUUCACGAUCACUACUGCACUGCCCUUGGAGUGGGGUGACACGCGGGCCAGAAAGCAAACCGGCCACCAGGUCAACCCAUUGUACGCUAUGGGUCGACCUGGUAGCCAGUUGGCUUGGCACAUGAGCCACCAGGUCAACCCAUAGGAUGCAGGUGGGGGGGCUUGACCUGGUGGCCCAUUGGCUAGGCACACAGGUCACCAGGUCAACCUGGAGCCCCGAGGACGGGAGAGGAAGGGGGGUGGCAAGACCCUUCUCUGCUGAGGGUUGCCCUGCCCGCCACCCCUUGGCCCCUCCAGGGUCCAGGCUUAAGUCCCUGCCAAUCACCAGGUCAACUACAUGACCAGGGAGGAGUGAAAUCAGGAAGGCCAGAUCACACUUGUAGUUGCAGUGAGCAAGAGAUGUAAAGAGUAACAAGAAGGGUUUCUACAGGUAUGUUAGCAACAAGAAGGUGGUCCAGGGCCCCUUAAUGAAUGGGGGAGGCAACCUAGUGACAGAGGAUGUGGAAAAAGCUAAUGUACUCAAUGCUUUUUUUUGCUACUGUCUUCAAGAACAAGGUCAUCUCCCAGACUACUGCACUGGGCAGCACUGUGUGGGGAGGAGGUGACCAGCCCUCUGUGGAGAAAGAAGUGGUUCAGGACUAUUUAGAAAAGCUGGAUGAGCACAAGUCCGUGGGGCUGGAUGUGCUGCAUCCGAGCGAGGGUGCUAAAGGAGUUGGCCGAUGUGAUUGCAGAGCCAUUGGCCAUUAUCUUUGAAAACUCAUGGCGAUCUGGGGAGGUCCCGGAUGACUGGAAAAAGGCUAAUGUAGUGCCCAUCUUUUAAAAAGGGAAGGAGGAGGAUCCGGGGAACUACAGGCCAGUCAACCUCACCUCAGUCCCUGGAAACUGGCUCUGUGGUUGAGGGGAAAGCAGUGGACAUGCUAGUCUUUGACUUUAGCAAAGCUUUUGAUAUGGUCUCCCACAGUAUUCUGGCCAGCAAGUUAAAGAAGUAUGGGCUGGAUGAAUGGACUAUAAGGUGGGUAGAAAGCUGGCUAGAUCAUCGGGCUCAACUGGUAGUGAUCAAUGGCUUCAUGUCUAGUUGGCAGCCAGUAUCAAGCGGAGUACCCCAAGGGUCAGUCCUGGGGCCGGUUUUGUUCAAUAUCUUCAUUAAUGAUCAGCUGGAGGAUGGCGUGGAUUGCACCCUCAGCAAGUUUGCAGAUGACACUAAACAGGGAGGAGUGGUAAAUACGCUGGAGGGUAGGGAUAGGAUACAGAGGGACCUUGACAGUAUAGAGCCAAUAUUUGUAACUUCAACUACAAAAAUGCCACAUGCAUACAGACAGCACAAUCAUAACCAGCAACCCAUAACUUUGUCUUAGACACCUCAUUUGACCCCCUUUAUACAAGAUUUGGUGCCACUACAGGACUUUGGUUGCAACCAUGUUCUAUAUGGUCCCAGUUCAAAUCAAUAAUGUGACAGAGACAUUCAGUCAUCAUCCCACACAUGAUAGCUUCGCCUCAUUGGCUCUUCAGCAAAGCACAUAUCCCAAAUGUCUGAACCUGCGGUUCCUCUCGUACUGAGCAGGAUUACUAUUGCAACAACACAUCAUCAGUAGGAUAAAACUAACCUGUCUCAUGACCAUCUAAACCCAGCUCAUGUUCCCUAUUAGUGGGUGAACAAUCCAACGCUUGGUGAA